GGCUUCAUAAUUUUGAAUUCAAAAAGUGUGAAUAGGAGAGAGAAAGCUUACAUUUGUGCAUAAUUUUUUUUUAGAGAGAGAAACUGAUGGAAAAUUCUCAAAUAUUCCAUGAUUUCUCUGUUUCAACAUCAAUUUCGAAUGAUUCUUCUUCUUGUCAUCUGAAUUCUUCAGCUGAAAAUCAGAGUUACGAAGAUAUAUUAAAUAAUGCAGUUAAUAAUUCAGAACAAAAUGAUGCUAAUGAGGAUCCAGAAUCCUAUGUGGUUGUUGGCCAAGAUUUUGAAGAACCAGUUUCAUUAGAGGGAAGUGUAGUUAAGGAUGAUGAUGAGGCGUAUGAGUUAUACAACAGUCAUGCAUUUAGGAAUGGUUUUGGUACUAGGAAGGGUAAAAAGGAGUAUAGAAGUGGUACUAGAAUAGUUCGACAACGGUUUUUUGUUUGUGCAUACGAGGGGUUUAAAAAUCCAGAUGGUGUUGUGCCUAAAUCCUUUAAAAAAAUUGAUAGGAGAACUGGAUGCAAGGCUUCAGUUCAGUUUGAUGUUGAUAAGAAAACUGGAGUGUAUGUUCUUUCUAAGCAUUCCCGUCUGCAUAACCAUUCAAUGGUUCCUGCUAAUAAGAGACACCUUAUUAGGUCACAUAGGCACAUUUCAAAAGAACAAUUGGCUUUUCUUACUACUUUUACUUGUAGUGGCACGAAGCUUGCUGAUGUUCUUAGAGCUAUGAGGAAAGAAGUUGGUGGUGAGGCGAAUUUAGGGUUCACUGUUCCUGACGCGUAUGAUGCUGUUUUGGCAGAGAAGAAGAAAAAGUUGGAUGGUUGUGAUUCAAAUCAGUUGAUCAGAUGGUUCGCUAUGAGGCAAGCUAAAGAACAUGAUUUUUAUUAUGAUUUUCAAUUGAAUGAAGAGAAUCAGUUGAUCAUUUUUUUUUGGAGAGAUGGAAGAAUGCGGUCUGAUUAUGAAGCUUUUGGUGAUUUAUUGAUUCAUGAUACAACUUAUCGUACUAAUAAAUACGAUAUGAUUUGUGGGCCUUUUGUUGGAAUGAAUCUUCACACUCAAAAUAUCAUGUUUGGAGUGGGUUUUAUAUUGAAUGAGAAGGCAGGUACUUUUGACUGGCUUUUUAAUUCUUUUUUGACUUCAAUGGGAGGGAAGCAACCUGUGACUAUCAUGACUGAUCAAUCUUCUGCCAUGGACAAGGCUAUAAGGGAAGUGUUUCCAAAAUCGAGGCAUCGUUUGUGUACAUGGCACAUUGGGGAAAAUGCUGUUGUAAACAUCAAAGGUGUUAUGGCCAAAGAAGGUUUCAAACGUCGGUUUGAUUAUGUUUUGAAAUAUACUGACACAGUUGCUGAGUUCGAGCAUUAUUGGAAUAGUCUUAUGACUGAUUACAAUUGCAAGACACACAAAUGGAUAGAGAGGUUAUAUGAUUUGAAAGAGAAAUGGUGUCCUGCAUAUAACAAAGAGUGGUUUUCUGGGGGUAUUUUAUCUUCUCAAAGGAGUGAGACGACAAAUCAUUCUAUUUCUAGGAGGUUGCAUAAAACGAAUGGUUUAUGUGAUUUUUAUAAGUGUUUUUUAGAUGUAAUUGAUGAAUGGAGAAGUAAGGAGAACAAGGGAGAUUAUAAUUCUUCUACUUGA